AUGGUUCAAUUUGGCCCCGGACUUGGCGAUUUUUGCGGAUUUCAAGUUUCAAAUCAAGCCCUCUGCCCGCAGGCCAGCCCCGAGUGCGCAGACAAAGACUGCAGCGCAGUUGUUGAAGUCAAAGAUGCUGCAGCAGACUGCGAGCCGCUGCUGCGGGACCAGCAGGUGCAGCAGCAGCAGCAAACGAAGGAAGCAGCAGCAGCAGCAGCGCCGGAGACCCGAGAGAUCGGCGAACAAGUCCACUUCGAAAGCCUCCACGUCGCCGUCCAAGUCAACCUCGACAAGGAGGAGGCGGAAGCGCAGCGGCGGCUGCGGGAAGAAGAGGAAAGGGCGGCGAGAGAAGAAGCAGAAAGGCGAAAGAAAGAAGAAGAAGAAGCAGCAGCAGCAGCAGCAGCAGCAGCAGCAGCAGCACUGCCUCCUCCCAAAACCUUCUCCGAAGCAGAAACGCAAACAACUUUCUCCGGGGAAAGUCCCCUCGACGAAAUCGACACUCAAGAGCCCCCCGCAGUCUUGACGGCUCUCAGAGGCGAACAAGACAGCUUGCUGUACAGGGCCUUCUGCCUCUACAGCGAAUUCGUUCCAAGGUGA